AUGGAGACGCAAGAUCAAAGCCGUUCGCAUUUACGAGAGCAGUUUGCAUUAUACAAACAUAUCCAGGUCUACCAUUGGCUUGCAGACACCUGGAAUUGGAAUGAAAUGGCCAAAUUGUUCUCGGAGGACACUGAGUACGAAUUUGAAACUGCUGAGAGUGGAGAAAGUCGGGCUGGUGGAGUCCAGCUCCAGAACCAAACCAUAAGAGGGCCCGAUGCCGUAGUCACGACGUUUGAUGGGCUGGUGAAGCCAUUCAAGAAGGCUCAACAUGUCAUCGUCAACACAAACUUCGACAUCAGUGGCGAAACCGCAACUGGAACUGCAAACAUUGUGUUUUGGGGCGUUCCAGACCCGACCAAGCCCCAUCUCCACUACAGUAUGGGGUCCCGAUAUUACUGGAAGUUCCGCAAAGAAGGCAGUCCAUCGCCCACAGGGAGCACUUGGAAGACCGCUUACACCAAAGUGGAAAAGAUAUGGGAGCAUUCAACGCUUGGCCCAUGA